AUGAUGAGAAAAGGGAAUUCCUUGGAGGACUCCGUUUUUCAUUCUGAAAGUCAGAACAGCUUCCAGAAGUCAAGUAAUGACACUUCAGUCAGCCCUACAGAGAGUUUCGGAUCAGUAUUUAUAAGUUCAGAUGGAGAAAAUGGAACAGAUGAAAAAAGAAAGGCAGGAAAAUCACCUACUGUGUUGCUGCAGACCCCUACCAGUGAAAUGGAAUAUUUUGAUGACCGGAGAAAAGUUGAUGUUGCUAGGACAAAGAGCAGCACAGAUAGUCCACUUCUGACAAUGGAUAUCAAGAGCGACUCUAAGAUUGAAAGGAAAAAACGUGCCUCAAAUCAGCUGAAGGCAAAUGCACACUUUCAUAAGCUGUUUCUAGAUGUUCCCAUUGAUGAGCCACUGAAGCAAAGUUUUACCUGUGCUCUGCAGAAAGAAAUUCUGUACCAAGGAAAGCUAUUCCUUUCUGAAAACUGGAUUUGCUUCCAUUCCAAGGUUUUUGGUAAAGACACUAAGAUUAGUAUACCUGUGCUCUCAGUGACACUUUUGAAGAAAACCAAAACUGCCCUUCUUGUGCCAAAUGCUCUGAUCAUAGCAACAGUCACAGAUAGGUACAUGUUUGUCUCCUUACUCUCCAGAGAUACCACCUACAAGAUAUUAAAAUCUAUCUGUAGGCAUCUUGAAGAUACAACCAUGGGCAACAGUCCAAAUCCCUCUUCUGCAGAAAACAGCUUCACAUCUGAUCGUCCUACAACUCUGCCCUUGGAUUUCAAUGAAGACUAUUCUGAUCUGGAUGGAAUAGUGCAGCAGCGGAGACAAGAGAUGGAGGAGUCCAGCAGCACAGGCUCACAGACCCCAGAGCUGGAAUGCUUCCAAGAUUAUCAUGUCGUUGAGACACAGACUCACUUGAAAGUUUCCAAGACUGAGGCAAAGUCUGUCCGUUCAGAUGCACACAGUAAACGUGGACCUGACGGAAAAGCCCAAAACAGUCCUCGAAAUGGCAAUUCUGAAGCCUUCAGGUUCUUCCACAAAGUGAAGUCCCAGAAGCUUUUAUCUCUGAACCAUGUACUUAUAUUUUACGCAGUUCUUGUUUGUAUAUUAAUAUUUUCUACCUUCUACAUGAGAUAUAAAAUCAGUGUCCUGGAAGAACGUCUUAUUUCCAUCACAUCCUUUGAUUCACAUAUUAAGGAACAUCCAGUGCGCCAAGGCUUGGGAUCUCAUCUGCAAAUUAAUGCUGAUGCCCUUUGUGAUGAGUUAACUGCUAAUCUUAUAAAAUUGGAAAAGAUACAGAACAACUUACAAAAACUACUUGAAGAUGGUGAAUGAAACAUUGAUGUUCUUGGACUGCUUCAGACCUCAUUCUUUUUUCUUGACAAACAGUUCCAAAGGAGCUCUGCUGGCCAGAGCUCAAGCUUCUUUAUUUUCAGUCCAAGCAAAGCUUAAACUACUGUAAAGCUCAUGUCAUAAUGCAGAAGGUCAGUUUAUUCUUGAGCAUAUAUCUAUAUGUUUUGAAAACAUAUAUGUUUUGGUCUACCUGUAUCUAUAUGUUUUGAAAAUAAGGGGAUUUUUCUUUCUCUACUGUGUGUGAAUUAAUGCAUUUUAUAGCUUGCUUGAUUCUAGACUUGCUUACACCAGUGCAAACCUGGUGCAACUCCUUUUACCUCAGCAUUUGCUUUCUGCCUAUUGUCACUGAAGUUUAAACGGGAAGAAUUUCAGUCAUGACUCACGUGCUGAAGUCUUGUGUGAAUGAGCUGGUAUCUGUCU